UGCCCCGGCGGCCGCCCACUUCCUCGCGGGCCCCACCACAUCCCCUUCCCCGGUUGCUCCUCCUGCUCCACUGUUCCAGUGCUCUCGAGUCCCGACGCCCCCAAAUCCCCCGAUCCCCUCCCUCCUCCCGCCUCUCCCCACCUCAGCAAUCCCAAUCCGGCGAUCCCACACCCGAGCCGGAGGCAUCGGCCGGCGCGCGCGAUGCCCCCAACCGCCUUCGCCCCCGCCUCCGCGUCGCCGCCUCCGUGGUCUACUCGCCCGCCUCCUCGCCGCGCCCGCGUCCGUCUUCCUCCACCGAGAAGCGGGAGAAGCAGCAAUGGGGGCCGGGGCGAUGAGCCCACGACGGCCACCCCGUGGGUGAGUCCCGACUGGCUCACGUCGCUCUCGCGCGCGGUCGGCCGGGGCGGCGCCGACGACUCGGGGAUCCCCGUCGCGUCCGCCAAGCUCGACGACGUGCAGGACCUCCUCGGCGGCGCGCUCUUCCUGCCGCUCUUCAAGUGGUUCCGCGAGGAAGGGCCCGUGUACCGCCUCGCCGCGGGGCCGCGGGACUUCGUCAUAGUCAGCGACCCCGCCAUCGCCAAGCACGUGCUUCGCGGGUAUGGGUCGCGCUACGAGAAGGGGCUCGUCGCCGAGGUCUCCGAGUUUCUCUUCGGGUCCGGGUUCGCCACCGCGGAGGGCGCGCUAUGGACGGUGAGGCGCAGAGCUGUUGUGCCAUCCCUGCACAAAAGAUUUCUUUCUAUUAUGGUGGAAAAGGUAUUUUGUAAAUGUGCUGAGAGAUUGAUAGAGAAACUUGAGCCAUAUGCUUCGAGUGGGGAACCUGUCAAUAUGGAAGCAAGGUUUUCUCAGUUGACAUUGGACGUAAUUGGUUUAUCAUUGUUCAACUACAAUUUUGAUUCCCUCACAACAGAUAGUCCUGUCAUCGAUGCUGUUUAUACUGCACUCAAAGAAACAGAGCUUCGUUCUACGGAUCUUUUGCCAUACUGGAAGAUUGACUUUCUGUGCAAAAUAAUUCCAAGACAGAUAAAAGCAGAGAAUGCAGUUAAGAUCAUAAGGGACACUGUUGAAGAGUUAAUUGUGAAGUGUAAAGAAAUAGUUGAGGCUGAAAAUGAACAGAUUGAGGGUGAGGAAUAUGUUAAUGAGGGGGAUCCUAGCAUUCUACGCUUCCUACUUGCCAGCCGAGAUGAGGUAAGCAGUGUACAGUUACGUGAUGAUCUCCUAUCAAUGUUAGUUGCUGGUCAUGAAACAACAGGCUCUGUACUGACAUGGACAAUCUAUCUUCUCAGUAAGGAUCCGACUGCACUAAGGAGAGCUCAAGAUGAGUUAGACCGUGUUCUGCAAGGUCGACUCCCCAGAUAUGAGGAUGUAAAGGAGCUGAAGUACUUGAUGCGCUGUAUAAAUGAGUCUAUGCGGCUAUAUCCACACCCUCCUGUGCUGAUACGGCGUGCAAUAGUUGAUGACGUGCUUCCAGGAAACUAUAAGGUUAAGGCUGGUCAAGAUAUUAUGAUAUCCGUGUACAAUAUACACAGGUCCCCUGAGGUAUGGGAUAGAGCAGAUGAGUUUGUUCCAGAGAGAUUUGAUCUAGAGGGACCCGUUCCAAAUGAGUCGAAUACUGAUUUCAGGUUUAUCCCGUUCAGUGGAGGUCCUCGGAAAUGUGUUGGAGAUCAAUUUGCUCUCCUAGAAGCAAUAGUGGCACUUGCAAUUGUGUUGCAGAAGAUGGAUAUUCAGCUUGUGCCAGAUCAAAAGAUAAACAUGACCACUGGAGCUACAAUUCAUACAACCAAUGGACUGUACAUGCAUGUAAGCAUGCGUAAAGUUCAGCAAGAAGCUGAGUUAGCACUGAGUGAAUCAAAAUAGAUGGAAUCGACUUCAAUUCUCUCUUGGCUGACGGACUUGAACUUCUUGAAAGAAGGGAUUCUUGGCUUUCCGAUUCUUUCGGCUAUUUGAACAGAAAACUUAGGGUGCAACUAAAAAACUUACUCCCAUUUUCAAACAGUUAAAGGUCCCAAAGGUGCUUAAGGCCCAAUGUAUGCCCCCGGUAUUGUCACCAGGCCCUAGUAUCUAAAAAAAAAACCCCAACUGGAGCCCAUAGCUCACGCACGGCCUAGAUGGGGCUCCUACAGGAAGAGACUAAUUCAACAUUUUACGUGAUUAUAACUUCAAAGCCCAUUAUGUCCAUUUAGGUUAAAUAUUGCAGCUCAUCAUUCAUUCA